GUCUCAGGAAUAACGGAAUCAGGAUUAGUUGCUUGGCUAUUAAUACAUUCUUUCCUUGAGUCAACAUAUUUGUAUGUUGAUUUUAUUCUGUUUUUUAAAAUGGUGUAUCUUUUUUUCUUUUUCGGGCCAGUGGUUCCUAUUUUAUCAAGGAAACUUUAAUGCAUCCUUAUUGUUCACUAACUUGGGAGGGGGAUAUGUAACUCUGCUGUGUUCUCUGGCCAUUUGAAAUACUGUCCUUAGGAUCUCACUUCUAUGUCUUCAUUAUUACAAGGGGAGAUUUCUUCAAUGCUCACUUCAAAUUGUAUCUUGUUGAAGCUAUUCAUAUAAUUUGCUGUAUAGCAUUUAUGUUGAUUUCCACUUUCAUUACAGCUUGUUAAAUGGCGCAAUGUUCAGCGUUCAUUGUGACAUUUUCAGAGCUAUGCAUACUAUACCUUGAUAAUACUCACCUCUUUAUCACACUCUCUAGUCCUGUUGUUUUUCUCCCCAUCACACUCUCUCAUGUACUUCUUGUCUUUUAGAGGGUGAUUAUUUACUCUAAGUUAUCUGCAGUUCCAUUUCCCUGAAGAUGACAUUUUCAUUAUUGAUGCCUGAAUAAAGUCACUCCUUCAUCCGUGUGUUUUCCUCACCCACACUUCUGUUUUAUAAUGGCAACACAGCUAAUGAAGUGUGUGCAUAAUACAGUCAUCUGUCAUAGCUUUACAUCUUUCAUACAUAAACAGAAGUAGUGUGUUGUUAAAAUUAUCUUUGCUGACAGUCACAAUCAGUAGUUCAAGACUUCAUUUGCUUAUAUACAGGCCAAAAUUGCUUCCAAAAUGUAUCAUAAAUAACCUUGCUUGACCUAAGCCAUUGUAAGUGACCGAGUGCGAUUUCAUUUUGUUUGGGAAGCUGUCUAAUGAGGCAUGUGUUGUGUUGAUUUGUAAAUGCUGCAUAUAAAUGAGGGCACAUUAAACUUUCAACAAAAUAUGCAGAUGAAUGGCUUUUAAGUGUUUAGUCUUUUUUAUUAUUAAUACUUACUUGCCAUAAAUAGGGUGACAGGGGAAAUAUUUCCAUUGGGUCCUAUCAAUCUGUCAUGAUAUAGGAUUAUUAUAUAGGGAAUGAAAUCUAUCAGUCCAUAUCAGUGUUCUUACUACAACAGUGUAAUUAGUGUGCAAUGUAGAAAUUUAUAAUGGGAAAACAGUAUAAAUUGACAAAUUUAGAUUUUCUACAACUAAAAAUACCAGAUGGAAGCAACCAAAACCAAAGAAUAUGCCUAUUUUGAGUGAAUUUUUUAAAAAAGUUUCAUUAACAAUUUUUUCCUUGGUUACAUUUAUUUAAAAAUCACUUUUCAUAUUUUAUCAUUCAGAUGUAUCUAUCUAGUUUUUGAAUGUUACUGUCUACAAGAAAAACAAUUGAAUUAAUCAAAAAUUGAAAAUGACCUGAAUGGUAGUGGCACAUUUCUUUAAUCCCAGCACUCAGGAGACAGAAGCAGGCGGAUCUCUGAGUUAGAAGCCAGCCUGGUCCACAAAACAAUUUUCAGGACAAGCCAGGUGUACAAAUAGAAACCUUGUCUUGAUAAAUCAAAACAAAAAAUGAAAACAGUUUUGAAAAUUCAGGAAAGACAAGAAUUUAAUAUUGACACAACAAUGAUCAUCAGUACCUAUAGCUGUAUAGUUAUAAUCACAUUUAAAUGCCUUUGGGAGCUGUCAACCACUUUCCAAACAGGAAGCUCCCCAGCAUAAAAAUUAUGUCAAUGAGCAUGGAAUGCAUGAAUUCUCAAUAAUCAGAAAUAAUCAUCCAUUCAGCCCAAAUUCAUAUGAAUAUUUUAAUUAGAGUUUUCAUCUUUUCAUAGGUCUCUGCAAUGUCUUGGAAAUUUUGUAAUUCAUAUAAGACAAUUAUUUUUGAGAGGCACUAUAACGUAUUAGAUCACACUAAGGUGGGAAGGGCUUUAUGCUGAUGACCCAUUUACAGCUUGAAGACAAAGGAUUAGAUACUAUCAAUGGGGGUGCACAAGCCUGUGUGUGUAUGUGUGUGUCCAAAAUCUGGAUUUACAGUAUACAAAUUAUACCUUUUAUCACCAAGGCACAUCCUCAGUCUCAGAUCCUAUUAGUAAUUUAACUUAUGGAUGGCUUAUAUUUAUACAUUGUUGACAAAGUGGGCAGAAAAUUUCUAAGCCAAUAAAAUAACCUGGACUGAAUUUGAAGAAAAAAGUCAAUCUUGGUUCAAAGUUAUUUGUAUUUUGGGGCAGUUAGAAACCUCCUACCCAUAUAUUUGAAUUGUUUUCCAAAACUACUGCUAUUAUAUUUUGAGAUAGGUUCUUGUUCAGUUCUCUCUGUGUAGCCUAGACUGGCCUCCAACUCUGAUCCUGAAGUCUGGGGCUACAGGUGGACCUCUAUGCCUGGUUCCAAAGGCUGCUUUAGAUGGAUAUUUUAUUAAGCACAGGACUCAGGGGAUGUGGAAGUUUGAAUGUAAUUGGCCCCCAUAAGCUCAUAGGGAGUAGCGAUAUUAGGAGGUGUCACCUUGUUGAAGGAAGGGUGUCACUGUGGGGGUGGGCUUUGAGGUCAAACUUCACUCAAUGUAACACUCAGUCCACUUCCUGUCACCUUCUGGUCAGGAUGUAGCCAGCACAAUGUCAGCUUACACACUGCCAUGCUCCCUGCCAUGAUGAUAAUGGACUAGGCCUCUGAAACUGUAAGCUGCCACCUCAAUUAAAUGUAACCAUUGCCUUUAUUAUAAUCACCACAGUCAUGAUGUCUCUUUACAGCAAUAGAAAUCAUAACUAAGACAGGGGAGGUACUGUAUGUAUAAUACUAACUUCUGUUGUUCUUUGGGGCAUUUUACAAACUGCAAGUCUGUUAUCAGUGAGAGCGAUGACUUUAUCAAUCAGUUCUCUAGUAAUAAGAUUACUAUCGUUUAUGUACAAGUUGGUAUUACCGAUAUUUCAAUGAUUGAAGAGGAAUCAAAAUUAAAUAAAAAUUGAGUUCUCUUACUGUUAAGUUACUUCAGCAUACACUAAAUAAGCUGAAAGUGUUCUUUUGGUUUUACUUAUAGUUGAGCUUGUAGUAUAUGACACAAUGUCUCAUUCAAACCAGAUGCUCAAUUUGUGUUCAUUGAAUAAUUUAAAACAUUUAACAAAUCAUUGAAUUUUGUGAGGACUUGAAGAUUUAUCUCAAACUUGUGUACACAUUGAAUUUCAAAAGAGUAAUCCAUAUUCAUAAAGGGGAAUAAUAAUUUGAUUUUGUCAGAAUAGCACCAAUAUCUAUGCAGCCAGUUUUAAUUUAAAUCUCUGGAAACUCAGAGAAGAGAAAAAUAAUCUCUAAUUUGGUUCCAAAUUGAGCUCAUUGGUGUUUUUGAUUUUAGGGAUGGGAAAAAAUACAAGAUUUUUUUGGUCAUCCAAUUAACUCCCAGAAAUCUCUGUUUAAUUUCUUUGGUCUCUAAGUGGUGCUUCUAUUGACCCUUAGUUACUCUUUACAGCAUCAAAAUUAGAUGAAAAUUUCAAAAUAGAGAUUCAGUCAUUCAUUUUCAAAACAUAAUUUCAUAAGUAUAUACUAUCCCUCUUUUUCUAUGAAGACAUAAAUUCAGAAAUGUAAUUAUUUUCUUGAAAACCCACUGUCUAACGUUAGUCCAUAACAAUAGUAUGGUUAGUCAUACACUUAAGAAUGAAAACAUUUUUUCUACUGCUCUUCUGUUAUCCAACACUGUUGAUUGCAAGUGUGGUGUCAUCUAGAUUCUUGGUCAUUAUAUGUAAAUCCCUGUUCCUUCCACACUUGAUUUUCACAAAAGCAGAGAACUGAGGUCUCAUUUUGUUUUAUAUUAUUUCAUUUAUUAAUCAAGUCCUGACAUUUGCUAUUCCAGAACUCAAGAGCCAUGUAAUACAUUACAUUGUUUUUACCAGUUCUCAUUUUCUUUUUCAAAAAUUCCACUUGGCAUAUUUUCAUAGCAACUAGUACUUACUUCACAGUUGUCAUUUCCUACUUUUGAUUUAGCCAAAUCAAAUCUCUUUCGCUUGCAGUCUUUCCAUGUGGUUAAGAGUCUCUAUGUCCUAGGGGAGAGAACAAACACUGAACCUGUCCAGUCAUUUUUUUUCCAUGGCGUUAGUCAUGGAAAAGCUGAUUUUAAUCAGCUUCUUACCUUCUUUAGGAAGUUCCUUCAUACUGUCCUGGCUUUAAUGAUCUUUAAAAGAGAGGUUGGAGGUCUCAUGGUAAUUUACACUCAGGUUUCAGGAGAUUCAAGCCUUAAUUAAGAGCAUUUGCUCACACAUGGGUAGAGGUUCUAAUUUCCUAAAGUUGUGUUUGAGCAAGGUUCAAACAGCCUUGAGGAUUACAAUUCUGCAUUUGCUUUAUGAAGCCAGUAUCUUAGAGAAUAUCUCCUGCAUUGCUGUUAUGGUGCCUGUGAAGGUGCUAGACCUGAGUCCCUGUGAGAAUAUUUUUAUAAAGUAAUUGAUGAGUGAAAACCACGUGGAAAGCCUGGCAUGGUGGUGCAUGCCUUUAAUCCUCAGCACUUUGCAAAGAGAAUCGGGUGGACUUCUGUGAGUUUGAGGCCAGCCUGCUUUACACAGGGAGUUCCAGAACUGCCAGGGCUGCAUAGACCCUGCAUAGUCCCUGUCUCAAAACAACUACUAAACUACAUACAAGGGAAAGCUUACAACCUUGAUAUUGGCAUAAAUGUACAAAUUUGAUGAUGACCAGCACAUUAAGACAGAAACAAUCCAAAAUUCCUAUUCUGAAUGAGUGUCUGCUAUAUUUAGGCUCUAGUGAUGAAGUAACAUAAACUAGCUACUCUAAAGGCAAUUUCCUCAUCACAAAGGCAUACAUCCAACAUGACUGCUAUAAUAACAAAGGUCAGAGCAGCAACUACUUAUCAGCUCAUUCUCUGGCAGUAAACUGUGACAAAACCAGGAAAAUAUAGUAAAAGGAAAGAAAACUAUACAUCCAUUUGCUUAAUCAAUGCUGAUGUGAAAAUUCUCAAGAAAAUACUGGCAAACUGUCACCAAUAACAGAUAAGAUUGUACAUCCUGACUGUGAAAGAUUUAUCCAGGACAAAGUUGGUUCAACAUAGAAACAUCAACACUGAAAUGGACCAAUUGAAUGGCAAAGCCACACAAUCAUCCUAACAAAGUCAGAGAAAUAUUUUAUAAAAUGCUCUAGCUAGAAAGAGAAAACACAGAUAUCUUUGGUGUCACUUUGCACACACAAAAUCUUAAGUAAUCUGCAAGCAUGCGAACAUUAAUGAACAAAUUCGGUAAGUUUGUAGAGUAAAUGCUCAUCAUCCUAAAAGUAGCUAUCUCUGUAUCUACAACUGGCUAAACUGAGAAUGAAGAAACAGUCCCUUGGAAUCAAAAGGAGCAAGAAGCUUAGGAAAGAAGCAGACAGAUAUGUAGAGAAAUUUCAUACAGAAGACUAAAAAACAUAAAGGAAAUUCCAAAAGGCCUAUGUAAGAAGGAAGUGUACGUGGAAUGGAAGACUCUGUAUUGUAAAGAUUACCCUCAAACUAGUUUGCAACUUUAUGGAAUCCUUACUAAAAUGCCACUUAGCUUUUCUCCUAGAAGUUACCAAAAUGUCUCUAAAUUUUUCAUGUGGAAAUGCAAGAACUCCUGAGUAGUCAAAACAAUAUUGGAAAAAGGAGAGAUUUGAAGAAAAUAAACUUCCUGGUUUUAAUGUGAUAUUCUAAAUUUGAAAUAAAACAUUUGAAUGAUUUAAUGCACUAAAUGUAUACAUACAUUUUGUAUUUCUAUAGACACACAGGAAUGAUUUGUUAGCUAUUGUCUUAGACUGCAUCAAAAAUUUAUAAUGUACUUUGCAAUAUUUUAGGCUUGGAGAGCUAGUCAAUAUAAAAUUGGAGUUUAUUUUCACCUACAUACACUCUUUGUUUUAUAGCUAUCUCACUCAAGUGGUCAGCUGAUGAAUUAGGUCUAUGGAACUGCCCAUGCGUUGGAGUAUUCAAGAAAAAUUCCCCUCUAUAAAAAUUAUAAUGAUAUUGCACAAAACCUUGAUAUCAAGCUUAGUACUUUGAUAUUUUAUCAUUGUGGGAAAAUACUUUUUCAAAAAAUGCUUUCUUGUUUUGCCUACCCGAUCACUCAAAUCCUCAAUGUGUGAGAGGAUUAGCUGUCUUCUAGUUUUGAUUUCAUGAUCCCUCUCACGCACAAUAUUGCAUAAUUGUACAAAUUAUGCAGUUUCAAGCAGUAACAACAUUGGCAAAUAAAAUAAUUACAUGCAUACACUUUUAAAAUGACAUUACUUUGGAAAAGUUAAAGAGGUGUUUGACUUGAAAAUAGAAUUGUAACAAUUUCUCAAAAAAGACACAGGGUGGCGCUGCAGGCUAAGAUUGCGAUUUAAAAACACUAAAAUACCAGGAUUCUCUUGCGGCAAUACAGAACAAAAGAGGAUCACAAGAGCUUUGCAAGCACUUCGGAUCUAUGAAGGGGUUUGGGCAAGGAUAUACUGGAUUAAUGUAAGAUUAAGAGCAAAGUUGUGAAGAUCCUUCCGAAGAAGAAACUGAACACAGCAUUUCAAAACAUUUGGAGACCGCCAAAGGAUUGGAUGCAAACACUCACUUUCCCAACAUGGAGAGAAUUCACCCAAACAGGCAAGUCAUGGCUUUUAUCUUUAUGCUGGUUUUGGCUCAGGUUUGCAGUGAGCAAACAACUCGGUACUCUAUCUUGGAGGAAACAGAAAGUGGCUCCUUUGUAGCCCAUCUGUCCAAGGACCUGGGCCUGAGAUCUGGGGAACUGACAGCCCGCUCUGCACGGGUGAUGUCUGAUGAUUACAAGCAGAGAUUGCUGCUGGAUCCUGAGACAGGAGAUCUGCUUCUGAGGGAGAAACUAGACCGGGAAGAGCUGUGUGCCUCCGUGGAGCCCUGUGUGCUACAUUUCCAGGUGUCUCUUGAAAAGCCAGUGCAGUAUUUUCAAGGAGAAUUGCUGAUCCAGGACAUAAAUGACCACUCACCAGAAUUCCCAGAUAAGGAAAUGCUCUUGAAAAUACCAGAAAACAGCCAGCCAGGGACUCUGUUUCCACUGAAUUUAGCUCAAGACUUGGAUGUGGGCAGCAAUGGGCUUCAACAGUACACAGUCAGCCCCACCUCUCAUUUUCAUGUGGUCACUCGAAAUAACAGUGAAGGCAAGAAGUACCCGGAAUUGGUGCAGGACAGAGCCCUGGACAGAGAGGAGCAGGCAGAGAUGAGCUUGACCCUCACGGCUCUGGAUGGCGGGUCUCCACCUAGGUCAGGAACAGCUAUGGUUCGAAUCCUGAUCCUGGACAUCAAUGACAAUGCCCCUGAGUUUGUGAACACCCCCUAUGAGGUGCAGGUCCUGGAGAGCAGUCCCCCAGACUCCCCAGUCCUGACUGUCCUUGCCAAGGAUGCAGAUGCUGGCAACUUCGGGAGAGUUUCUUAUGGAUUGUUCCAAGCCUCAGAUGAAAUUCUACAAACUUUCUCAAUAAAUGAAGUCACCGGAGAAAUACGACUGAAAAAGGGAUUGGAUUUUGAGAAAAUCAAAUCUUACCAUGUGAAAAUCGAGGCCACAGAUGGAGGAGGCCUUUCUGGGAAGGGUGCUGUGGUGAUAGAGGUGUUGGAUGUGAACGACAAUGCCCCAGAGCUGACAAUAUCUUCACUGGCCAACUCAGUCCCAGAAAACGCUCCAGAGACCAUAAUCAGCAUCUUCAGAGUUGGAGACAGGGGCCCCGGAGAGAAGGGAAAGGUGGUUUGUUCUAUUCCAGAAAACCUGCCAUUCAUCCUAAAAUCCACUUUCAAGAAUUUCUACACCCUGGUGACAGAGAUUCCACUGGACAGAGAGAGCAGAGCUGAGUACAACAUCACCAUCACAGUCACCGACCUGGGCACACCCAGGCUCACAACCCAGCACACCAUAACAGUGCAGGUGUCCGAUGUCAACGACAACGCCCCCGCCUUCACACAAACCUCCUACACCCUGUUUGUCCAGGAGAACAACAGCCCCGCCCUGCACAUAGGCACCAUCAGCGCCACAGACUCAGACUCAGGCUCCAAUGCCCACAUCACCUACUCGCUGCUGCCCACCCACGACCCUCAGCUGGCCCUCUCCUCGCUCAUCUCCAUCAAUGCAGACAACGGGCAGCUGUUCGCGCUCAGGGCGCUGGACUAUGAGGCCCUGCAGACCUUCGAGUUCCGCGUGGGCGCCACAGACCAAGGCUCGCCUGCGCUCAGCAGUCAGGCUCUGGUGCGCGUGCUCGUGCUGGACGCCAAUGACAAUGCUCCCUUCGUGCUCUACCCUCUGCAGAACGCGUCUGCUCCCUGCACAGAGCUGCUGCCCAGGGCGGCAGAGCCAGGCUACCUGGUCACCAAGGUGGUGGCAGUGGACCGCGACUCUGGCCAGAAUGCCUGGCUGUCCUUCCAGCUGCUCAAGGCCACGGAGCCUGGGCUGUUCACCGUGUGGGCUCACAAUGGCGAGGUGCGCACCUCCAGGCUGCUGAGCGAGCGCGAUGCUCCCAAGCACAGGCUGCUGCUGCUGGUCAAGGACAAUGGCGAUCCUCCUAGGUCUGCCAGUGUCACUCUGCAAGUGCUGGUGGUGGAUGGCUUCUCUCAGCCCUACCUGCCUCUGCCCGAGGUGGUGCAGGACCCUGCUCAAAAGGAUGAAAAGGAACUCACGCUGUACCUGGUCAUUGCCUUGGCAUCUGUGUCUUCGCUCUUCCUCUUGUCUGUGCUGCUGUUCGUGGCUGUGAAGCUGUGCAGCAAGGCCAGGGAGACAUCUCUGGGUGGCUGCUCUGUGCCAGAGGGACACUUUCCUGGACACCUGGUUGAUGUCAGCGGUGCAGGAACCCUGUCCCACAGCUACCAGUACGAAGUAUGUCUGACCGGGGAUUCUGGGACUGGUGAGUUCAAGUUCCUCAAACCCAUGAUCCCUGAGCUAUUGACUCAGGAUCCUGGGAGAGAACUUAAGGAAAAUCUCCAUUGCAGGGAUAGCUUUGUUUUCAGCUAAGUUGUAGGUUCUCAACCUGUGGAUUGUGACCCCUUUGAGGUUCAGAUGACCCUUUUUACAGGGGAACAUAUCUGAUGUCCUGCAUAUUUACAUUGUGAGUCACAGCAGUAGCAGUAUUUCAAGUAUGAAGUAAAAACAAAAUAAUUUUAUAGUUCCAGGUCAUCACAUCAUGAAGAAUGUAUUAAAGAUCCACGGCAUAGGAAGGUUGAGAACCACUAAACUAAAUUCCUUAGUGAUGUACCAUUUUUUUCUUUUAAGAAAUGAUCUUGUUUCUAUGAAGUUCUCCACUUGUCUAACCUACUUAUAACCUUAGUUGCACUGACAGAUACUUUUUUUUAUUGGUAUUAAGGUACUAGUUGUAGUUGUACUACCAUAACCCUAAGUAACCCAAGUAGUGUAAAUAUUUUCUGUGAAUGACACUGUUAAUGAUCUUCUGAGACAUUUUACUGCUCUCAAAAAAGUUACAUUUGUGGCACCUGCCCUUUCCAUCUAGUUUUAUGGUUUCAAAGGUUGGUUGGUUAAAAUUACUUGUGUUGCCUGCACGAAUGGAAAGUGGCAUUAUGUCAGGUUCACUCUCAGGCUAUGUACCCUGAAUAGCCAAGUCAUAAAAUGUAAAGUGUAUUUGAAUAUACACAAGGGUUGUGACACUUUUUGUUUGUGAGCAUCAUGCAUGCUUGUGGUCCUGUUCAUUUGGUUCCAAUACUACCAUUAAAGUUUUGAAUUCUUACUUGACACAGAAUUAAAGAGAAAAUGUGUAAUUUCUCAUCCCAUUUUAAAAAUAAACUUUUAAAUCACUGCUUUAAUAUAAUCUCCUUUGGGAUAGGAAUUAUGUCCUUAAGUUCUUCUUGAAAUGUAGCUUUUAGUUAUUAAUUCAAUUUUUUAAAAAAGAAAUAAAUAACCAGAUACUUCAGUGAGCCACACACAGAAUACCUGAAAGUGAGGAGGAGACCUGUUAGGAAGAAGGGCUUUGGCAGGAGAGGGAGGGGUAAGAGAGAUUUGGGAUGUAGGAGAGGGCUAAACAAUGUCUGAAGAGAUAAUGACUGACAGUUUCUACCACUGCUGAGUGUUUGGAUGUUUGGGGUAUCCGGAUAAUCUCAUCAGGUUCUGUAAGAAGCAAAGUCCACUUGGGCAUAUCACAGGAAAGUUGCUCAACACAAGAUCCAGGACAGGAAAAAUAUUAAAGCAACCGUAUGAAAAUGAUGUGUUUCUUUUAAAGGAGCACCAGUAAAGCUAAGACCUGACUUUUAAGCAUUAAUCAUGAAAUCAAGACAAUGCCUUUAAAUUCCUUCGAAAAAUAGCAUUCCCAACUAUAACUCCAGCACACAUAGCCUUCAAAGGUAAUACUUUUCCGCAAAGACUGAGAGAAAUUGUUGAGUCACAUAGGCACUGAGACAAAUACUUUUAGUGAGUUAAUAAAGCAGAAGGAAACCCCAAAAGGACUGCAGACUUGUGUCAACAAGUAAAAAGUAACAGGAAACGUUACAAGUGCAUAUUGACCAGGUAGUGACUGUAUAAAUUCAGAAUAGUGGGGUCUUAAAAUAAUACAAGGGCAGAGGAAUAGAUGUACAGAAAAAUGAGAGAAAGCAGGAAAAGUUUUAAAAUGAAGAGGGAGUUGGGCUUGGUGUCACACUCCUUCAAUCUCAACACUAAGGGAGCAGAGUCAGGUGCAUCACUGAUUUGAAGGCCAGCCUGAUCUACAAAGAGAGUAGCAGGCCAGGUACAGCUAUGUAGUGAGACACUGUCUAAAAACUGGUUUUCUAAACCAAUUGUCUCAUAGUCUUACUACUUUUUCUUCUGAUAAAUCAAGGGCAUAUUUUGUAUGGUAAUUUGGGUUUUGAGGGGAGACUUUUAAGAUUUUUCUCUUUCUUUGAAAUAUCUUUGUGUUCACAUAACUAUA